AUGGAAUUAGGCCCCGAAUCGAAGGAUUUCAAGAAGGAAGACGUGUCUCCGCCGUCAGAUGAAACCGAGCAAUCGAGACAUCCCAUGAUAACCAGAUCAAGGGCAAGGUAUGGUGUGAAGAAGAAAUCGACAUCUUUCCGUCUUGUGGCAUUGCUCAAUAUGGUGACAUUAGCUGUUUUUCGAAUAAGCGUAUCUUUCUACCUCGUUUAUUGGGCGAUAGUUCAAAUCCCAGUCAUUCCAUGGUUGCAUACUAUCCUUACCAUUUUCGUGAUUUUCUCGUUGUUCUGCUCGAAUGCAGUUCUCGCGUACAGGGUCAUGGCCGCGGAUGGCCUUUUUGGACAAUCACGAGCUCGUAAGCCUCCACCACCUGUUAAUAGCACAACAGUUGAUGUCGAAACAGGAGCACGCGAGGAGUAUGCCGACGAGGAAGAGGAUCUACAACACGAAGUCGCGGUACAAACGACAGAUGCCCGCGUUCUUGUCGAUGAUGUCACUCAGACGGUUUCUUAAUCGUUGUGUACAUAGAAUGUGUUGUCCGCGGUGCGGAGCGGCAUUACUGUCUGUAUUUAUCUUGUGAGUCAAUUCUAAUUGAUGGUCUUUAAUGAGCUCUGCAAUUUCUUUUUGAUUGACAUGUUUAUUUUUGUGCUGCAAGCUCACUUGAGCUCGAUCAGUCAGUUUUCUUCGUAGAUCAGUUUUUUGUUGCUACUCCGUAGCUGAGUAUUGUCGGCCUCACUUAUGUGCUUGUUCGUCUUCUUUAGUAAUCAAUUUCACUGUUGUUGUUCUCCAAAAAUCGUUUCUCUCUACCCUACAAGUCCUUGUUGCAUUCAAAAAUGGCUUUGCUUCCUUUUUUAGAAUUCUUUUUGUACUUUAAUUGUUUGGAGUAAUACUGACUGAGCGCUAGCAUAGUUUAUUAUGUCUUAUUAAGUAAUUUCGUAAACGCGAUAAUUUCGAAAACUGUUAAGAAUAAAUGUGGUGAAGGAGAUACC